AUGGGCAAGGACACCAACCUUGUGUGCAGCGAGUGUCACUCCAGCUUCCGCACCCACUCUCAGCUUCGUCGUCACGAACGCAUCCAUUGGCCCGCUGAUGCGCACCCCUACAGCUGCUUCAUGGCCGGGUGCACCAAAUCCUGCUACCGUGCCGAUCACAUGCGCCAGCAUCUCCGCCGUUACCACAAAGUGCCCGAGGCCGAACUUCCCGCCAGCCUCGAACACUGCAAGCAAUGCGCUCGUCAGCACCAGCGCGCGCGCAAGGCGGCUUCUGCGAGCCACGAGCUCUGGUCCCCCGCCCGAGUUGCUGCUUUGCAACGCGCUGGCCACCCCAACAAUACCCUGUCCGCGCUCAAUACCCUUCGCGGCUAUGUGGCUAGCAUGGAGCACGGCGCCAAGCCCAAUUUCAACCUUGCCUCGAUUCUCAAUGCCGGCUCCUCUGCCUCGCCCUUGCCCCAAGUCCAAUUGCCGCCGCACCUCCUCCCUCAACAGUACCAACAACUACCGCAACAACAACAACAACAGCAGCAGCAACAGCAGCAGCUGCUGCAGCAACGCCGUGGCCCUUCAGAGCAGCCCCUGGCUCAGCUGCAAACGCAGCGCCCAAUGGCCUCGGUACCUUCCACACUGCUGUUACCCAACCUCAACCCUCCGUCUACACUCCCACCUACCUCAUCCAUUGAUACCGACGCCGUGGUUUCGGACGAUCUGGACGCCGUCAUCCAGGAGAUUGCCCAGCAACUCCCGGCCAACACCAGUACCGGCAUCCCCGAUGACCUGGCGGAGCUGUUCAACACAGGAUCGGGCUCGGAUGAGGGCCUUGACCCCUGGAACGCUGCUUCACGCGCCUGUUGGCUCAACAUGGCCGGCGAAUCACCCGAUCUCAGCCUCUCAGAAGGUGCAGCCUCCCAAGCGUCGUCCAAUGCGGCAACCGCAGUCUCUGGACAACAGCAAUUGCCCACCCGACCGGCCGCGAUGAAUUGCACCAUGGAGCCAAAAAAUGGUAGCAGCAUUGUUCGCUUCGACGCCAAUCCCAAUGAAGACCUUUCCAGGGCCGACGACAGCAACAGCACUGCCCAGACGCUACAGGAGCUCAUCAGUAGCCUGACUCCCAACCUUGGCUCGGCAGCGUCCGCUUCCCCCCUGCCCUUCCCCACCUCUGGCAGUCGCCCCUCUGCUUCCAACAACAGCUUGGACAGCACUUUCCUCAUCAACACUGGGCAACAACAGCAGCAGCAGUCGGGCAAGAUCAACACGCAGACCUACGAUGCCUUGAAUACUCUGAUCUCCACUCUUGCCGCUUACAAUCAACAACGCCUCACCUUGGCCUAA